ACAGGAAGUUAACAAAAACAGGAUGGGCUGAUGAUCUCUUAAGAGUUGUGACCAUACCAAGAAAAAAGGAAGGCUAAAUGAGACUGAAAAUGGAUGAAAAGGGUAAUGAGAUUUUGCUGCGACUAAUAAUUAUGUUCCUUCUGAGAGGUGCGAGUGGGGUGCUAAAGAACGAUGUGUUCUGCAGUUACGGAGAUAAUGUCACUCUCUCCUGUAAAAAUACUUAUUCUUAUUAUAAUUCAACUGAAUGGAUCUAUGAGAGAAACAGAGAUUCAAGGGCAGUUGUACUGUAUGCUGACGGAAUAAAGCAGAAUGACUCAGAGAGGCAUGACAGACUGAGUCUGGGAUCUGACUGCUCUCUGAACAUCUAUAAAGUUACAAAAGAAGAUUAUGGGCUUUACAGCUGCAAGCACUAUAAGGACGGAAUCAGACUACUGGAAGAUGGUCUCAGUUUUUCUCUGCAUGUUCUUCAUGUUUCUUCACCAUCUACACAAACAGAGAUCAGACCAGGCAGCUCUGUGACUCUCUCCUGUCAUCUGUAUUCAUAUGAUGGAUAUUAUUGUGACCCUUUGGUUGGUAUUGAUGGAGUUCAGCUGGUCUGGGUGAAUCAUGCUGGUGUUAAUCUGCAAAGAGACUCCAGAUAUCAGAUAUCACACUCAGGACGCUGUAACAGCACUCUGACUACAACACUUCUGAAUGAAGACAACAACGGAGAGUGGAGAUGUGUGGCUACUCUUAGAAAUGAAGAGAAGACCUCAUCCAGCUACACUGUCAAGUAUUUAGGUUCGAGUGAGCCAGAAGAGAAACAUGUGUUCUGCAGUUAUGGAGAAAAUGUCACUCUGCCCUGUAAUAAUGCUCAAUCUGACUGCACUUCAACUACAUGGAUCUAUGAGAGAAACAGAGAUUCUGGGACUAUCGGACUGUUUAUUGGAGGAAUAAAGAAGACUGUCAUAGAGAGACUCAACAGAAGGAGUCUGGGGUCUGACUGCUCUCUGAACAUUUAUAAAGUCACUAAAGAUUUUGGAGUUUAUAGCUGUCAGCAAAAUGUAAAUGGACAAAGACAAGGAAAUGAUGCUCAUGUUUUUCUACAUGUUCUUUAUGUUUCUCUACAAUCCACACAGACUGAGAUCAGACCAGGCAGCUCUGUGACUCUCUCCUGUCAUCUGUAUUCAUAUGAUGGAUAUUAUUGUGACCCUUUGGUUGGUAUUGAUGGAGUUCAGCUGGUCUGGGUGAAUCAUGCUGUUGUUAAUCUGCAAACAGACUCCAGAUAUCAGAUAUCACACUCAGGACGCUGUAACAGCACUCUGACUACAACACUUCUGAAUGAAGACAACAACGGAGAGUGGAGAUGUGUGGCUACUCUUAGAAAUGAAGAGAAGACCUCAUCCAGCUACACUGUCAAGUAUUUAGUCAGUCCAACUUUGGGUGCAUCAUCAAGCAGAGUGAUUAUACUUCUUGGUGAAAUUGCAGUAUUAAUGGCUCCUACUGUAAUUCUUCUUCUGAUCAUCUGUGAAAAAAGACCUAGAAACAGAAGGUCUCAGAACACCCAGAAGAUAUAAUGAUACCAUACAUAAUUAAACACCCUCUUUUCAAAUGUAAAAACAAUGUCAUUUUUAAUUAAGUGUAUUUUUACAGUGGCCCAAGUGCUAUGUGCUUUAAAUAUGAUACUAUGUACUUUUUUUAAAUAGUAUUUUAUGAAGUAAUUUGUCUCCAAGAUUAAUGCAGCAUAUUUGAAUCUUUUAAUGUUUACAAACGCCAAUUAUGACUUUCUUUCUUCAGUAUAGCACAAAAGUAGAUGUUAAGCCAAUGUUAGACUCAGCCACCAUUCACUUUCUUUGUAAAGAAAAUAAGAUGCAAUGAAAGUGAAAGGUGACUGCCCAACAUUUUGCCCAUCUCUUUUUGUGUUCCACAGAACAUAGAAAAUAUUGCAGAUUUGGAGUAACAUAAAAUUAUGUUGUAAAUGAUGACAGAAUAUUCAUUUUUAGUUGAAAGAUCCCUUUAAAUGUCUUACUUAUAUCGUGGUGAUACUGUUAAAUACCAGAGUAAUGUGUGUACCUUUCAAAGAAAAAUUAUAAACCUUUAAGUGAUGACCUGGCAGCUUAUUGUGUUUCAAAAAACAAUUUCUGGCUGGGAGUCUAUGGCAGCCCAAAGUUGUGAAAUAUGGCGAUUUUGGUGGGUCUGAUCAUUAAUCUGACCAACUUUAGGGUCUGUCAUUCAAACUCUCUAGCUCCACCAUCAGCUCAAAAUCAGACUCUUUGUUGGUAUGUUACUUUUGACGCGUUUUGGCUAGAACCAUAAUUGUUUUGUCUUCUGAUCUGAAUGAUCAUGCCAAAACAAACCAAAUCAAUACAAUUCCUGCCCACGUCAUGGCCACCAGUUUGAAUUAUAUCGAAAACACAAUUAUCGAAAACAUACAAAUCAAACUCAUCCUAGGGCAUUCAUCGGGUCAACCCCAAAUUUGGGUAAAAUAAUCUAGAGACAGUUCAGGUAAAAAGUUACUCACCAAUUUCUGAUAUAUCAAAAUUUUUGCAUAUAACACAUCAAGAAUCAGCUGAUGGGGAGGCAAAACAUGAUUUGAGGCUGUAUCAUAUUAAAAUGAAAUUUUCAGUAAUUCAGGCAUAUUAAAUAUCAGAAUUAAUGUUAAUCAAAUCCAGCACAACUGCUUUAAAGUGAGUGAAGCCUUGGUUCUCUAAUUGGUGGUCUUUCACUGCUGUACCAUGGGUAAUGUAGUUGUUUACCAUGAAUUCUGCUAUCAAACACAAUUUUUAAACAAAGUAGUUGAGAUAACGUAGAUGGAUGGCUUCAUCGGAAACAUAUACCAUCGAUGAACAUCGUCAUAGCUCACAGUAGGUCUGUCUUUAAAGUUUAUAAGUUAACGUUGAAAAUCAAUUUGUUUAUGUCAGUGUUUCUCAUUUCUUUCCUGGAGUACCAUUAACACUUAGUGAUGUCCGAUUCUUGAAAGAAUCAUUCUUUUGAGACAGUUCACAACAUCGAACUGAAUCGAACUUUAGAUCUGGGUUGAUGACACAAGAUGCACAGCUGAAGUAAAUGUACUGGCUACGCAACACGUCGAACUGUCUGAAGAACCGAAUGAGCCGGUCUCACUUACUGUCGAAGUUUGCAGAGAAUUACCGAAGACUUGUUAUGUGCUGAGAUGUUAAUGGCAGUAGCCGAAUAAAGCAUUUAUAAACCUACA